CCUCGUAUUGUCUCGAAAUCUCAUUCAGUGUGUAAUCAGGUAUUUAAACCAGCUGCAUUCUACCCUAGACAUCAUUCACUCUUCACUUACCAAACCAAAAACACAAAUCAACCAACAUGUUCAAGCUGGUGGCCUUCGUAGCUCUUCUCUCCGUUGCCGCGGCUAAGCCCGGCAUCCACUCCGUGGCGUACCCCGCGGUCCCUGCAAUAGCACCUGUCGCUGCGUACACUGCGGCGUACACAGCCCCUGUGGCCGCCGCUUACACUGCUCCUCCGCUGGUGGUGAGCUACGCGACGCCGGUGGCGGCGGCGUACACGGCGCCCGUGGCGGCCGCGUACACCGCGCCCGUCGCCUACUCCGCCUACUCCGCAUACUCGCCGCUCGCCUACUCCGCGUACAGCUACGCUCCCUACUCUGCCUACUACGUCUAAGAAAUCAAAGCAAUGAUUAUCCUCAAAUAUAUUAAAUUUUGAGACUACAUUAUUGUUUAAUACCUGACUUACGCUACACUUCAUUCUAACGAUUAUGCCGAAUAAAUGCGUAUAAUAAGUUACAAA